AUGGCGUCAGUACAUUUCUCACCUGAAAUGUGGGAAAAACCACGAAUAGAUGGGAAAAAGAAAUUAAAAUAUAAUGCAAUACCUACCAUUUUUCCACAAAAAAAUAAAAAUCAAAUUGUAACAGCUUUAUCUCGAGUAGACGACAAUGAAAUGAUCUCUAAUUCUUCCAAUGAUGAAGUGCAUAUAACAACUUUAUCUCCAGUACCUGAUAAUAAAAUGAUCUCUCAUUCUUUUAACAAUGAAGUAUAUAGGUACUGCAUCAUCAGUUACUAUAUUUGAAAAUUCGUCAAAUGUCUCAUUGACAAGUUUCCAAAAUAUAAAAAUAGGAAAGCCAUCGUCAAUAGUUACUGUUACAAGUCUUGAAGAGGCAAAUUCAAAACUCCAAAAUGCAUUAUUACAGUCUGAACGGGCAAAAAAAGAAGUAGAACGGAUAAAAAUAAGAGCUAAACAAACGGAGAUAAAGUUGAAGAAAGCAAAUGCGAUAAUUUUUAAA